CCCAAAGCCAAGUUGUGAUUUCUAAUCAAUAAUCGUUGAGGCGUUAAAAUUCCGUCGAGUUUAGUGAUUGUGCAGUGAUAAUGUGAUAAUGAUAUGAAACUAGUUCUGAUUGAGCAUAAUUUGAACAGGGUUUUAAAGAAUGUGCAUAAUUUUGUGUUAAGGUUCCUUUAAAAGAGACACACAUAAUGAAUUCAUUUGGAGUCAGCUGUGUGUUGUUUAUGUGUUUCCUAACCUCACUUUCGUCAGGGGAAAAUAUCUCGUACUUUAAAGAACGACAAAAUGCUAAAGAAAUAUUGCUGUCUUAUAAAAGUUUAAAAAGCCCAAUUGGUGAUGGAGAAAUUGUUGAAGAGAUACAUGAAUUACAAGCAAACAUGGACUACUACAUCCACGCAGAAUAUAUCCCGGACUGGGCUCAAUUCAUUGUUGUGCAAACUCAUGUGUAUCUUCACAACGUUACGCUUAGCUACACCAUAAAGAAGGUAGAGGGCAAAUAUGUGACUGGACAAAACAUUGGGCUUAUGCAAAACGUUACUUCGGCUGAAACUGCUCAACUGUUUCUACUGAAUGAGAAUCCGUUCAAUGUCACAGCUUUGUUGACUAUUGUGGCAUACACUAAAAAUGCCCCAGUGCCUGGAGGCUGCAACAUAGAAGCAUCAGUGCCAGUAGCCCCAUGGCUAGGGGUGGGGGUGACAGGCCCCACUGUGGUAGUCACUAGUGCCCCAGCACAGGCACCUGCUGUCCUAGGUACCCCCGGCAUCUGUGACCCCGUACUGCACUACCAGACGUACCACUUGUACCUACCAGAGAAGGACUUCACCUCCGACACGUACUUUCAGUUCAUCAGCAAAAUGCUCACCGUCAAGAGAAUUACUGACAAUGCACGGAAGGUACCUGACCUUGGAUUCAACCCACUAAAGCAUGUGUUCAGUGCGUACCAUGGCACAGGCUCUGUGUUUGCUGUAGUAGUGUCCUCUUCCUCUGCCCAGUACGCUGUGUAUGUUCCUGCUCUCAGCUAUACCUGCAGUCCGUCACGCUAUACUGACACCUGCCAAGUUCUAACAUCGACAUUCUCACGAGCGCUGUGUGCGUUGGUUUUGUUCAUCGGUCUGUUUGUUUGUUUCUACGGUCACUCCUUCUUCCAAACGGAGCUGUUCUUGUUCAGCACCCUUGUAGGAAGUAUGAUCACCUAUGUCAUCGUAGCACCCCACGGCUUGUCCGAUGCAGCCAACAUAGGGAUAGCCACUGUGGGAGGAGUGACGUUGGCCGGUAUGUGGUUGUUGUUGUGGUGGGUGUUUGGCUCCCCGUUGCUGUCUGUUGUUAUGGCCCUGUCUACACUAGGCUACCUGGUUGCUUCCGUUGUCAUAUACUUUCCAAUAGUGAACCAAGCGUAUCUGGUACAUGAUAUGGACUACUGGAUGUGUUUCACAUGCCUGGUGAUAUUGGUUGGGUUGAUGUUUGCUCGACACCCAGACAUAGUCAACAUCGUGGCAUGUGCAGUGGUUGGCUCGUACGCUGCCAUAGUCCCCAUAGACCACUAUGUGGGUGGCAAUCUCAAGUAUAUCUUCAUCAACACCAUGCGACGAGCCACAGUCCCCGGCUUCGGGGAGGCCAUCAUUGACCCUCCGUUCCAGAUGAAGGACUUGAUCCUAGCCGCAGUGUGGGUAGUUCUAGCAGUCACAGGAUUGGUGAAGCAAUCUCAGAGGUUCUCAGGAGACAGACCGGCCUUCCCCCCGUCCUCCCACCCGUGGGGUACGCCUCUCCCUCCCUCUACGCCACGGACCAGUGCCGAGCGUAAGCCUCUACUGGCCUCGCCUGGCAGUGACAGCGUCUUCUCAUAACCUUCUGUAUCUCUAUUUAUCUCUGUAUGUAUGUUGCCAACUUUCUCCCAGUUGUUCUUGGGUUAACGUACAGUUUAUUGAUUUUUUUCUUAGGCACUAAGGGGAUUCAUUACUGAAAAUCAUUCAAAAUAUUUGUUGUUUGAAAAGAUGUUUGUUCAUCAAGAUGUUCUUUUCUUGAGAAUCUAUAAAAUUCCAUUAUUUAUUAUUGUCAUUAUUUUAAAAUUAAAAAAACAUAGUGCAGAGUACUGCUGCAUGGUUGCCUGCUGGCCACAGAGAAGUAAGCUACAGAGGAAUCUUGCAUAUGGGACGACCGUAUCCGGUAUGUUGUGCCAGAAAUAUACUGGUAAAGAGCAAGGAAGAACCUGAUCAGCGAACACUUAGGGAAAAUUCCUAUGGCGUAGGGUCUUCCUCCUCCGUGAGCGUUGUAGUACAUGAGGGCAAGGAGGGCGGUGUUUGACUUUGCCCUAGACACCAGUGACUAGUGCUAGACACCAUUAAAUGUUUUCUGUGUACCUAACUUCUCUGUGCUUUGGCACAACCUGGAAAUUAAGUGCUUGGAAAUUAAGGUAUAAAUUUACUAAAACAAAUUAGAGAAUUAUUAAAUGGUAAAAUAUGUUAAUUACUACUUCUUAUCUUAUUGUUACAAUAAUUCUAUAUUACUACCUAAAUUUGUUAUUGAGUUUUUGGCUUAUAAAAUCAGACCUAAAUUAUAAAUAUUGGGCUAGUAAAGCUUGGACUGUAUAAAUUGUUGGUAACACUUAGUUUUUUAUUUAUUUAUUCAUAUAAAAACAAUUUUUAGUUUUUUGUACACUUAUUAUUUUCAGUUGUGAAUCCCCUUAAAAAUCAGCCCUUCAACCCAUCUUAUUCCAACUUAUAUUUUUAAAGGUUUCCCUUGAUAAACAUUUGCUAAUCUGAUUUUUAAAUAUUUUUUAUAUCGGGGGCACAUUGUUGAAAUGCACAACUUUCAAUUUUCCAAAACAUUAAUUAUGCUUACCUUAUCUGUAAACUGAAAUUAGAAAAACUACCUUUGGAAACUACCAUAAUGGUUUUGAUGUCAGAUGAUUUCUACAAUGGUAUUGAAGAAGAGUAUUAAAUAAUUCUCAAAUCUCCGUUCUAAGUCUUUGGUGUCAUAUGUUUAGAUAUAAGGGAGAAAGUUUUAUCAUAAUGUAUUUUAGUGAUAUAAACAUAAGAGAUAUUCUAUUUUGACUACAUUCACUGUUCUGUUAGAUACAGUAUUGUCAAGGUAAGUUUUGUCACAUGUUUUACCACCAGACAUUUGCUUUUAAAUGUCGAGUGAUUUUGUCAUCAUUUGUGUUGGUUUUCACUGAAAGUCGUGCAUGAAACAAAUAUUGAGCUAUGCUAUAAACGGUUUAAUUUAACAAACCAAAUAGUAAAAUGUUUUUAUGUUUAUCAAUAAAAUCACUAAUCAUUUAAAGAUCUUAAUUUGUAUAAAUUAUAUUCUGAAAUAAAAAUUGUAUAAUGGCUUCAAGCCUAUGGUUUGGAUUUAGGUGGUUAUAUUUCACCUUCAUUGUAGGCCUAAUAAUGAUAUUAAGAAUGCUUAUUGAAUGAAUCUGUGAUAAACGAAAGAAAGUAGUUUAGAACUAUAAAUAUUAGACUGACUACUUUACGUUUAUUUUUGUUUCAAUUUAGAAACAUUCCAGUUCAGUCAGCUUUGUAUUUGUAAGAUUUAAAUAGCACAGUUAUUUGUAACAUUACUCAAUAUAAAAUUUGUCAUAUUGUUACUUAUUAAUCUUGCGUAAGUGUAUUAUUAGUUAUAUAAAUAUUUAUAGGUUAUAGUUAUUCUUAAAUGUUUUGCAUGAUUAACAGUGUAAAAAUGUAUUCUGAUCAUAUAUAGCAUAUAUGUACAGUACUGAGAUAUACAGUAAUAUAAUACGUUUUUGUAUGUGUUAAAGUGAAUUGCACAAAGCAGUUAUCAUUAGUUAAUCAAUUUAUCUCGGAAUAGGGCUGCCAUAUUAAGUAGAGUGAAAGCAAUUAUAAACUUAGAGGAUUCACAUGAUAUCUAAUUUUAUUUUAUAAGUUACAUCUUGUUGUUAAAAUUACCAUUGUGAUUUGUCUCACUAAAGAAAAAUUAUACCUGUUAUAAUUGUUUAUUUUAUUUAGUGUUUUUUUACAUUUUCAAGUUUUACGUUAAACAUUUAGAGGAGCUUAAAGAUGUUAUAGUAGGGCUUUUUUCAGAAUUUGGUAUUUAUUUAUGUCCUAGGAUCCUUUUCUUAGAGUCCCAGGAUUAAUAGACACAAGAAAACUAACACUGAUGUAUUUUAUCCUAAUAUUGGACUUCUAAAGAGAAUCUAUCUUUUUCAAAGGUUGGGUAUUUUUUCUCUUCAACCUAUUUACUGAAGAGGUUUCAUACAGAUGAAAUAUCAGUGUUUUAUUUAUUUUGUGACUUUUUGCUGUAAAUCUAUUACUACCUGGACUCUAAAUCUUCUCAGAUAACCUAGCCAAACUCUAUCCCUUUUCAAUAAAUUUCCUCUUCAAGCAGUAAUCUAUGGCAACCCUCUCAGUAAAUGAUUACAGAACACAUAAAUAAUAGUCAAUUGUAUCACUUGAUGGUGUUUCACUAUGAUAUUAGUGUGUUAUGCUGUGUAAUGUAUGUUUUAUCUCAGUAAACUGAUGUAUUCGUGUUUAA